CCACCCUCUCUUUAUUCUUUAGGGAGAAAUCCUUACAUAUAUAUAUAUUUAUUCAUGUCAAACCUCCAAACCUCACCUUUGCUCAUCAGCCCCUGCCUGCCCUUGAAACAUGAUAGAAUUUAGACAGGGACACACAGAGAGUAUCAGUUAGUCUCCCUGAAACAUUAUCUUGCUGUUCCAGGACAAGUUAAUUAUUAGAGCCAAGAAAUGUUGCCAAGCUACGAUCCCCAAGACACAGAAGCCGGUCUCAAGCUCCUGGAGGACCUCACGGCGAACGCACAUCUAAUCCAGGACCAGCUCCUGAGUGAAAUUCUCACCCGGAGUGCCAGGACUGAAUAUCUUGGGAGGUUUCUGGGAGGCCAGGUUGACAAGGAGCUGUUCAAGCGGAGGGUUCCCGUGGUGAACUACGAGGAUAUCAAGCCUUACAUUGAGAGGAUCGCCAAUGGGGAGCCCUCCGAUAUUAUCUCGGCAAAGCCUAUCACCGAGCUUCUCACGAGCUCGGGAACUUCUGGAGGGCAGCCGAAGAUGAUGCCCUCGACCGCAGAAGACUUGGACCGGAAGACAUUCUUCUACAACCUCCUAGUGCCCGUGAUGAACAAGCACGUUGAUGGGCUUGACCAAGGGAAGGGGAUGUAUCUUUGGUUCAUCAAGCCUGAGAUCAGCACCCCUGGCGGACUAAUGGCAAGGCCGGUCCUGACAAGCUACUACAAGAGCAGCAACUUCCUGAACAGGCCUUACAACCGGUUCAACGUGGUCACGAGCCCUGAUGAGACGAUCCUCUGCCCCGACAGCAAGCAAAGCAUGUACUCCCAGUUGCUGUGCGGCCUAGUCCAGCGGUACGAGGUCUUACGUGUUGGAGCUGUCUUUGCGUCGGCGUUCCUGAGGGCCAUCAAGUUCCUAGAGGCCCAUUGGGAAGAGAUGUGCUUGAACAUUAAAACAGGCCAAGUCAGUGAAUGGAUCACCGACCUGCGCUGCCGAGAUGCCGUGGGCUUGGUGCUUGGUGGGUCCAACCCUGAAUCGGCGAGCUCAAUUGAGAAAGAGUGUGGUGGAAAGUCCUGGGAAGGGAUAAUCAAAAGGCUGUGGCCUAGGACUAAGUACAUUGAGGUCAUAGUUACCGGGUCCAUGGCCCAGUACAUUCCUUUGCUCGAGUUUUACAGUGGUGGGCUCCCUUUGAUCUCGGUCAUGUAUGCUUCCUCGGAAUGCUACUUCGGGAUCAAUCUCCAGCCCCUUAGCAAGCCUUCUGAUGUCUCCUACACCCUUCUUCCGAACAUGGCAUACUUUGAGUUCCUUCCGGUUGAGAAUAAUCAUGAAGAAAUCUCCUCCGAGGUUCAGUGCAAUGGUACAGUUUCCAACCGUAAUGAUGUCCAUAAGGCAGAUGUAAUGGACACAGUUGAUCUCGUGGAUGUAAAGCUCAGGCACUACUAUGAGCUCGUCGUCACGACUUUUACCGGCUUGUACAGGUAUCGGGUUGGGGAUAUCCUCAUGGUGACAGGCUUCCAUAACAGGGCCCCGCAGUUCCGCUUCGUGCAGAGGCAGAAUGUGGUGCUGAGCAUCGACACUGACAAGACAAGUGAAGAAGACCUCCUGAACGCAGUAACAAAGGCCAAGCAGCACCUAGAGCCACUUGGGCUCCUCCUCACGGAGUACACAAGCUACCCGGACAGCUCCUCAAUCCCGGGCCACUACGUUCUAUUCUGGGAACUCGAGGCCAAGGGAAACAUAGACUUCCCGGAGCUUGAUCUGGGCAUCAUGGAGCAGUGCUGCUCGACUGUUGAGGAGUCGCUGGACUCCGUCUACCGGAGGUGCCGGAGGAAGGACAAGUCGAUCGGGCCACUGGAGAUCCGGGUCGUGAAGGAAGGGACGUUCGACGUGCUGAUGGACUUCUGCGUCUCACAGGGAUCCUCCGUGAACCAAUACAAGACUCCAAGGUGCAUCAAAUGGGAGGCCGCCCUGAAGAUCCUGAACUCGAGGGUCUUGCAGAGCUUCUUCAGCCAAAGUGUUCCGUCGUGGGAGCCCUUUAAGAUGGGAACAAAGUGAAACAGAAGGAAAAAAACAUGACUUGACAAAAUCAAUGUUCCUCUGUCAGGAUUAUUUGGUCAGUUCCAGAAGGGAUGGUUAAAUUGAAUUCUCUGUGGCUGCUUCAUCAGGAAUCUCUGAUUCGUACGAGUUUCUGUUAUUAUGAGUUAUUUCCAUUGCAACUGUCCGAUAAGAUCCAUCUCCGUGUACCGGCGCAAGGACCUGCAUUAAGCUUGAUUUGACUACACAUUAGAUAUUUAAUUCU